AUUUCUGGUAAUUACUAGGAAUCCUUCUCAUUGUCAUUUGUUUUCUCGCUUGAAUACGCGUACACGUCGAUCUCCAGUGCCGAUGUUUUUUCUAGCCGCCCUUUUCUCUUUCCUAGUGGCCGUGAAUGGUCAGGAAUGCGACACCAAACCUCAAGUGCGCAAUUUCACGCUUGCUGACAACGACACGAGGAUUUUCUUCUAUGGAACGUUUUCCGGCGAAGUAGUCAAAUGUCUGUGGUAUGUGAAUGACGCGUCGAACGAUACGACCAGUGGUGCUAUCAAUGGAAGUGAAAUAAGCUGUCCUUUGCCAUUGUUUAUUGUGAACCGCUUGAGUAACAAUGAAGACAUGACUGGAUCACCUUUACAAGGCACCCAAAAUCAAGCUUCUAUUGGAGGAGGCAUCGGUUUUAAAAUAGACAUACAACUUAAUGUGUAUUACACAAGCACAGUGAAUCAAAUGGCGUCAGACUGUGUGGGAGACAAGAUUUCUGUUGCUGGUGGCACAGGGCCCAUUUCGACAUUACCUCCUGAAACAAAUCCUGCUUUGCCUGCUUGCUGCGUAAGCGCUACCGACUCUACGUGUAGAUCAGAUUGCCAGGCCUCUCCAAACUUUGCUGCUUUGUCGAGAUGUGCUCUUCAGGACAUUAAUCGGAUAGUGAACUGCACAGCUGAUUCGUGUGGCUUCGACAUCUGCGAGCAACAAUACAUGCAAGACAAACGGGGUGGGCUCACUGACAUGUGUUCAAUCCUUAGUAACUAUGAAACAUGUCUCAAUGGUAUUCGGUCUGACUGUGUGGGAUACGUGUCACGAAUUCAACAGGCGAAGAUGGACGUUGCGGGUAACUUGUCGAGCAUGUGCAGCACAACAGCACCUCCCACUCUUGCACCAACAACACAAGUUCUUACAACAAAACCCACAACUCCGACACCAAUUAUCGGCAAUCCUAAAGAGAGAGACGUGGCUCAUUGCUGUCAGGCACAAAGCGCAAUAGCUGGAGAGUGUCUACAUAUGUGUGCAGUGUCAUAUCCACGUGGCUUUGAGUCGACUCCCAGUCCUGAAAAUUACACCGAACUUGAACUCGUCUGUAUUCCAGACAUCGGUUUCCAGCGCUGUCUGAGGGAACGAGCCGCUCCUUCAACAGUUCACCCGUUCACGGCCAUUCCGACGUCCCUGCCCGUCAUCAAUCAGUUGUAUGAACAGUUGAAGGAGUGUGCUGAUGAGUACGGUGGAGGUGUGGAUUGCGUUAACAGCUUGAAGUUCCCCGUCACAAACCCUCAAACGACCAUUGACAACUGCAUCACAAACAAGCCUGGAGUGGAGCGAUGCUUCCAUGACACCUCGAGUCUUUACUUUCAUUCUGACUUUCCGCAUAGCAGCUGCUGUGAGCAGGGAAUGGGUGGUGCCUGCCAGGGAGCUUGUCGAAGGGGAAUUACGGCUGUGUGGACGGCACUGUUUGGUAUUACGGACAUCGAUGAUGAUAGUAGUUUGUAUACAGCAGAGGAAGCGUUGUUAAGCUCUAUUCAGAGUACAUGUCCCAAUCUGAAAGACAUCGAAAAAUGUGCCGACGACACACCGAACUACGACGGCCCAAGCAUCGAAACAAUCGAAACUGCCAUGAACGUAUGUUGUACCUCAAGUCCACCAAAAGGAUUAGGCUGUCGGUCAGUGUGUGAGGUUCUCAGACAAAGAGAUGUUGGGAGGCCGAAUUUUGAGUUUUGUUUUACGGAGCAAGAGACCGACUUUUUGAGAUGCGCCAUCGUAGGCAGCCAAACUAACGCCAUGACACUACGAAACCUUCUUCGAUCACAGUUCUACGAUCAGUACAAAUACAAAAAUGUGAGCAGCUGCUGCAUUGAUGCACAGUCAACUCAGUGUACUACAGCAUGUCCAACUGCUCUACAGGGUAUGGGAUCUGCAGCUUGGUAUAGCAAUUGCAGGAGCAACACGGCAGAGAGUGCGCUACUCACUUGUGUAUCCAAUGUCCAGUAUGGUCCUUGUGAUGGAUCAGGCUGUCGUGAUGACAUGCAAUUUUGCAAUGGAUUUAACAACAGACAAGAACAAUUUCGUUUGUGUGGCACACUCCUUGACGGUCUGGCUGCAGCAACGUACACUGAAUGGGUCACUGAUAGAAUGAUGACAAUCGGAGGUACACAAGUCGCUCUCAAAGACGUUGCAUCUUGUGAUAUGACGCAAUUCAAAACUCUCGCUUGCUUUCGAAUGGCUCAACCAUGCCACAGAGAUAAUGAUUUGGCUUUCAUAUGCCGGGACGAUUGUGUGGAUCUUUUCACCAAAUGUAAGAGUGUCAACGAAUCUCUCUCUGCUGAAGACAUUUGUCGUCGUCUCGGAUCGUCUCAAACCGAAUGCUUUGAAUUGAGUUCAUUUACGUCAUCUACACAGCUGAUCGUACGAAGUGCAACAGUACAGUUGGAAUUGCCUACUAAAAUUUACACGAUUGCAUUGCAAGAUCCCGGUUCACAAACAUACCAAAUGUUGUCAUCUGAAGUGAAGAGUUCGUUUGAGUCUCUGUUUGUAAGUGCACCGGGUGUACAGUCCAUUGAUGUUGUCGGCUUCUCUGGAGUUGUUGGUGGCCUCGUCGUCGUCAACUUCACCCUCACCAGUCGUUCCUACUCCAACGAACCAUCAAUCGAGUCUCUCCUAUUAACACUACAAGCUUCUGUAGACAGAGGAGAAGUCGGCACGUUGGACGUCGCCACCGGUAGCUUGCAGUAUCAAAUCCGUGAGGGCGCCGGCUCUACUCCAUCUGGUUUUGCGGUUGUCAUGGCGUCCUAUGAAUUGCUGCUGACGGGAGUCCUUCUGUGUCUCACUUUCAUGUUUAACAAGUAAAAGACGCUCUGUUGCUGUACGAAACUUGUGAAUGUAGUUUGGCGUUUGUGUGUGCUUGUACUAACGUAUCACGGUCAUGUUGCAUCAUAUUAUACUGGCAUAUCAUGUGUUGGAGAUCGAUGUCGGGUAGACAUUGCAACUAGUUGGUUUAUUUGAUGUUGUUAGCACUGGUGGUUGGAAAUGUUUAGUGACGACGUGAGUUGUUUGUGCAGCUCUACCUCUUUUGUAUGGUAA